UCUCCAAUUCCGGUACUUCCACGCGCCUACAAAGUUAACGCCGUAAACGUCCCCGUCCAUUCCUUCUCCGCCAUUUUUCCAAAUUUGCAGAGCGUAGUUGCCACGCUAACAGAACUCAUUUCGCUGUGAAUGCUCUUUCAUUCCACGCCUUUAUAAGUGAAAGCUGAAGAUGAGGAUUUUUGGGGACUUUUGAGUUUCGAUUUUGAUGUCUUCACCGCCGACUACGGUGGUGGCUGCAGCGGCGUCGUAUUGGUGUUACAGGUGCAGGCGAUUUGUGAGGGUAUGGAGCCCCUACACCGUGAUUUGCCCGGACUGCAACAGCGGAUUCGUGGAGGAGAUCGAUAACCGGCCGCGUGCCAUCCAGGCGGAUGCGAGACGGAGAAGGUUUCCUGCCGCAGCUAUGUACAUGGUCGGGAACCGAUCGAAUCUGGACCAGAGCCCGACCCCUGCUGUCCGUAGGACUCGCCGUGUCUCCGGAGACCGGUCGCUGAUAAAUCCGGUGAUCGUACUCCGUGGACAGUCCGAUGGGGACAACGAGAGUCGUGGAUUCGAGUUGUAUUACGAUGAUGGGCGUGGGUCAGGGUUGAGGCCGUUGCCGCCGAGUAUGUCGGAGUUUUUAUUGGGAUCGGGGUUUAAUCAGUUCCUGGAUCAACUCUCGCAGAUUGAAAUGAACGGAAUAGGUCGCUUCGAGCAUCCUCCGGCGUCGAAAGCUGCAAUAGAGUCCAUGCCGACCAUAAUUAUCGACGAGACUCACAUAGCAACGGAAUCUCACUGUGCAGUUUGUAAGGAAGCUUUCGAAUUGGAAUCGGAGUCAAAGGAGAUGCCAUGCAAGCACAUCUACCACACCGAUUGCAUCCUACCCUGGCUGUCCCUCCGCAAUUCGUGUCCAGUUUGCCGCCACGAACUGCCGGUGGAUAACCCGAGCUCGCCCGUGUCCAAUCACAGCGGUCGGCUUUUGGGUUCGACCAACGAAGAUGAGGCUGUGGGAUUGACGAUAUGGAGAUUACCGGGAGGAGGGUAUGCAGUGGGGAGGUUUUCAGGGGCAAGAAGAGGAGGUGAGAGGGAGCUGCCUGUGGUGUACACGGAGAUGGACGGUGGGCUCAACGGUGGGGGUGUGCCUAGGAGGGUCUCAUGGGGUUCAAGGGGAAGUAGGGGAGGAAGAGAAACCGGUGGGUUUGGUCAAUUAGUCCGCAAUUUGUUUUCUUGUUUUGGGAUUGGUAAUGGAAAUGAAAGUAGGAGAAAUGGAAAUGGGAAUAGGAGUUCAAAUUCGAGCCUGAGUUCGAGCUCACAUAUGAUGAUUAGGAGGAGGAACACUACAUCGAUAUGGAGAAGGGGUUGGGCUGUGGAUUUUGAUAGAGGGAGGAGGAGCAGAUGGUGAAUUAUUCGAGAAACAGAAGGCAUUGAACCAGGAACUUGUGUAAUACUUAAGAGGGAGAAAAAGGAGUGCAAUUGGUGCUGAAUUUACAAGUCUCAAUUUUUCUGAAUUGGGAAACGGUUACUGAUUCGCAGUAAAUAGCUCCAAUCAAGCUAUAUUUGAGAGAAGCAGAAGAGUUCAAACGGGGAAAAUGUGGAUUAGUGUUGUUUUCUGGGGAGAAAGUAUUGAAGAAAAUGGGAUGUCUAAGAAGCAGAAAUUGCAGAAGCAGAGGAGCUGAAAGAGGGAAAAUGUGGAGUUAGUGGUGUUGUCUGGAGAUAAAGCAGGUACAUGGUCUCUUGAACCAAUAUUACCAUUAUCAGAGGAUCUGCUGUCGUCUUUUUUAACACUUUGUUCUCUCUUUUUCGCCAUUAUUUGUAAUCUUUAGUUUAUCUUGUUAUGUUCCUUCUUCAAUGUCAUUCUUUUCUGGAAGAAUUCUAUAAAUGCUAUACAACAGGUUGCUUGAAAUUUAACUUUU